GCUUUUAUUCAACGUUUUCAGGGUUACGUUAGGUCAUUCGGAAGCGGUGUCAUUGAAAUGAAAAAUGGCAACUAUUAUCUUAACUUCCACUGAUCAGGCAAUGAUUCAAGGUAUAAUACGCAUUAAAAACAGACAUACAGGACAUAUUUUGUGAAUCUAACUUAUUUUCGAAUGGAACAUCAGUACAGAUCAUUCGGUGUUGAGUCAACUAGCUUCCUGGAAGACCUAAACGACCCAGGAUCUUGCUCAUAUACAGUCCACCAAAACGUCCAGAGCAAUCCAAACUUCACUACUAAUUUUCAGCAACAAGCACCAGGAUAUUACGGUUACGAAUCUAGAUUUAAUAUUCCGCAACAGCAACAGAUUCGUUAUGAUCCCAAAUUGUAUGCAAGUGCCCCUUUAAGCUUUCCGAAUCCCGAACAUCAAUAUGAUUGCAGUAACAAUCGACAACGAUUAGUUGCCCCAAGAUGUGGUUCCCCAUAUGACCGUCCGGAGUACACAUGGGACCAAAAUUCGCCUUACACCUUACCGAAUUACAGUUUACGACCAGGUGAUGCACGUUUUUCACGACCCCAUUCACGAACUUCUGAAGUACAUCCUCAAACUGGGAAUCAAUUUUCCUGCCGUGUUUCCACAAACCAAACUCUUACAUCCAGCUCAUCAAGUUGUGCGGCGAGUCAUCUAAAUGGAAGUAAAGACUCAGGUUUUCAUCAAGCCAUUCAGACUCAGUCGAGUAUUCAACCUCAUUGUUUACAGAAUGAUGCAACUGGGUCAUAUGUCAACACUUUAGAUUGUAAAUCUCAGAGGGUCAGUUUAUACAAGGAGGAAUCUACUCGGAUUUGUGAUCGUUUGUCUCAACUGUAUCGUUUGUCAUCCACUUCCCCAACUAUUCAACAAGAAAUCAACUUUUUACAGGGGCAGUUGAGAACUUUAGAAUCGUCUGCCCCAAUAUCUGAAAAGCAGUCUGUCCAAACGUUUUAUUCUGCUCAGAUCUGUAGUGAUAAAACACUUCAGAACGUACCUCUCUCUGUUUCUCAAUCGGCUCCUAAUCCAUCCUCAUCUUCAUCUUAUGCAAUCCAUCGAUACUCUGUAGAUCUAAAAGCAACUGGAACUAACUGUAGUACUUCUAACCCGCGAGUAGUUUGCUGUCAGAAUGAUACAUUAAAAGUUUCACAGGAAAUUACUAGUACAAACAAUUGCACAACGACAUCCAUUUCGUCCAGCUGUAUUUCUGUCGCGAAUACUUCCUACCCAUAUGUUGUCACACCCCAUUUACAGGAGGUUUCUUCGGUUGUGAGCGGCCAUCUGCCUGUCAAUACAGUUAACAGUUACCCAACCGUUCAAUCCACCUCAAAUAGUCAGACUACUCUGUCAGGCACUAUUUCAAAUUGCUUCGUAGACAGAAAUAUAUCUUCUGGAUCCAGCUUACUGACCGUAUGUUCUCAGUCAGGUAAUGUGUGUAGUCCCUCACUCAUCAUAUCCCCAAGUAAUAACAUAAACCCUUGCAUCACCUCUUCAUGUUUAUCAAGUUUUUGCCAGUCAGCUGGUGUAUCUAAUGGAUUUUUGGAAAAUUCUAUUAACCAGCAGAGUCGGGAAUCACUUGCUCCUGCAAGCGCUACAUUACCUCAGAAUAAUCUAACUCUUCAAAGUUCGUUAGUCGUUUCUAGAAAUCAGCAGGUUAUUAAUGAUGUGAAAUCGAAUCCAAAAAGAAUUCCUGAGUCGUUAAGUUGUAGUUCUGUAAACAUUGAAGUGGACUACAGCAAAAUGAAUAUAUGCACUAGUCAAAGUAAUCUCGUUGGACCACUUAACUCCUGUUCAUUUACACUCAAUUCAGAUACAGUUCAGCAAUCGAUACAUGGAUCUACAAUACAUUAUCGCCAAGCUGAAAAUUCUGAUAUUUCUUAUAAUCCUAUGUGUAAAAAUAUGCCAGACUCUUCCUGUGGAAGUGUUUCAUCUGUCACUUCUGGCAACUAUUCUCAGGUAUAUCAGAAUUAUGGACAGUACGUCCCAUUUACACAAGAAAGUCGACUAAACAUAAAUUCUGGAAGCUACUGGAACCCACAGUACCAGGGAACUUCGGGCGAAUUAAUUGGACAGCAUCUACAGCCUAUAGCACCAGCACCUGUACAUUCCAUCGUAGGACCCGGAACUCAAUGUAUUGAAAUGAAUAAAUGCAGUAGUCUAGGCUGCAAUGAUAUCUCUUACGCUUCUAUUCUACCGAAGACUACAUCUACUGAAUCACAACCAGUGAAAAAGACUAGAGGACGUAAGCCUCGAAAUCACGAGAAUGAUACAGAUAAGCAUCCACGAAAACCAAAAAAGAGUCGGGAAGUUGGGGCUCCGACAAAUGAAGCUCAAUCUGACAACACUCCUGACAGACCUGUUUUUAUAGCCCCACUAACAAAGCGUCCGCGUGGUCGUGCACCAAAAAAACCUAAAACAGAUGUUGAAAGUGAUAGCAACUUCGUCUCAAAUCCUUCUGCCAUUGAAAGUAUUAAUGAGAAUAUCGAUGCCAGAGGUGACGAGUCUCUUUUAGAAUCCAGAAAGCGUCGGGCUUCUAUUCGUCCUGUUGAGGUUCGGAAAAAGCGAAAGUACAGAAAGUCAGUUAAAUCCACAUCUAUGUUAGCGAAUGAUUCUUUGAAUAUUUCACAGUCUUCAGAAGCAACAUCACCUAAUGAUGCCACACAGUUAUCUGAAACAAUAACGAAACAAGUUAAAGUUGUACGAGCUCGACCUCGUCCAAAGAAAAGAAGACCUUUGCCUACGUUGAUCAAACGAAAAAGACGCUCAGCAUUUUAUGGAGAUGACUCAGGAUCCGAACCGGAUAUGUCAGGUCGCCUAGGAAGCCGUACUUCUGAAGUUCGAGUAGAAUCCGAGGGUGCUAAUAACUCAAGAAAUAAACGUCGUUCCGAACGAAAUACUGGCGAUCGUAAAAGUUAUACUGACGAUUUACAGCUUAACCUCAGUGAUGAUGAGAUCGAUGGUCAAGAUGGUGAAGUGAUUACGCUAAAUGAUUCUGCUGAUUUCGCCGAAGAUGUUGAUAACAAGAUUGUUGAGUCCGUACUUGGUCGACGAAUUACUAAGAGAUUGAUCAAAAAAAUUACUCAAACUGAGAUAAGAUCUACUGACGAUGUUAUUAACAAAAGUAGUAAAGUUGACAUGCAAAACUCAACAAAUAAUUCAGGGGAGAAGUCUCAAGUCACAGUUACAGAAGAAGAGGAAGAAGAAGAAGUUGAAGAAUUCUAUUUGAAAUAUAAAUCUUACUCAUACCUUCAUUGUGAGUGGCGUGCUUUAGAUGAAAUCACUGAUCCGCGCAUUCUUCCGAAAAUAAGACGAUUUGAGUUGAAACAGGCCAAUUCGAUGCGCACCGAAGAUGAUGAUGUCGUAUUGUUUAAUCCAGAUUAUGUGGAAGUUGAACGCGUACUAGACGUUAAAGUUUAUAGUAAUGGUCAACUAGUACCUACGGAGAAGUUAGAACGUGAGUCUGGUAGAGAAAGCUUCAGUGGUGAUCCAGCGGAUUUAAAAAGGUAUAUUAGACGACACAAGGAGCGCAAUAAAGUCCGUAAUGUUCGUGAAACAAAAUGCAAAAUAAAAAGUGAGGCUCCAUCUGAGGAGUCGACUAUCAUGUUAACAAUGAAUACUUCAGAAUCUGUUUCAGAAAAUCAUUCAACAACACCACUUACUGAAGAUUUUCUUGAAGCUGACAACAACCCUAAUUGUCCUCCUCCAAGUAGUUCCAAUGCAGGAGAUACAUCUUCACAUAUCUCUCAGACCACACUUGUUGAGGUAGAUAUAAAAUCUACAGACACUAUUUGUCCUAGCCCUGCUGAUCUAAUGUCGUCUCAUAAUGAGGAGAAAGAUAGGUUUAAUGACAUCAGCGAUGGAAAUACAUCGUCAGCAGCUAAGCAAUAUGAAAUAGAAAGCGUUCAAUUGGAAGCAACUUUACUAACAAAUAAAACUGAAAAAUAUGAUGAUAUCGAUGAUAAGGACGAUGAUGAUGAUGAUGGCACCUGUUCACCUGUUAAUGUAACUUACUACUUGGUUAAAUGGCGUUCAUUAGCUUAUGAAGAUGCCACAUGGGAAUUAUCUCAAGAUGUUGACCCAACAAAAGUCAAAGAAUUCUACAAACGUCGUUACCCACCAAGGAAUCCUUUUAUUCCUAGGGAUAAUAAUUACAAGAUUAUUCGACCUGAUCCUUCUACUUGGAAACCGAUUGAUUCUAACACAAUUUAUAAAAACAAUAAUAAACUACGUGAUUAUCAAGUUGAAGGUGUGAAUUGGCUUACAUUCUGUUGGUAUCAUCAUCGUAAUUGUAUACUUGCCGAUGAGAUGGGUUUAGGCAAAACAGUGCAAAGUGUUACAUUUCUUUUAGAAAUAUUUAAAGCUAAUGUCCAAGGUCCAUUUCUAAUUAUUGUUCCUUUAUCUACUGUUGGUAAUUGGCAACGAGAAUUUGAAAAUUGGUCAGAUUUUAAUGUGAUUAUUUAUCAUGGAAGUUCUGUUAGUCGAAGUAUGAUUCAAGAAUAUGAAAUGUUCUAUCGUAAGCGUACAUCCGGUGCACCUAGACACGAUAUUUAUAAAUUUCAUGUGAUAGUUACAACUUUUGAAGUUCUUAUGAAUGAUAUUGAAUUUCUUGGUCAAAUUCAUUGGGCAGCUGCUGUGAUAGAUGAGGCGCAUCGACUAAAAAAUAAAAAGUGUAAACUUGGUGAAGGCUUGAGAUAUUUAGACUUGGAUCACCGUGUUCUUCUUACUGGAACUCCAUUGCAAAAUAAUGUAGAAGAGUUGUUUGGUUUAUUGAAUUUUUUGGAACCUGAAAAAUUCAAUUGUUCAGCCACUUUUGUUGCUGAGUAUGGUGAAUUGAAAACAGAAGAACAAGUUGAACGUUUAAAAGCAGUGCUAAAACCUAUGAUGUUACGUCGGCUAAAAGAAGAUGUUGAAAAGAGUUUAGCUCCAAAAGAAGAAACUGUCGUUGAGGUGGAAUUGACUAAUAUACAGAAGAAAUACUAUCGCGCAAUCAUGGAACGUAAUUUUUCGUUUCUAUGCAAGGGUUCCAGUACAAAUGCUCCUAAUUUAAUGAAUAUAAUGAUGGAGUUGAGAAAAUGCUGUAAUCAUCCAUUUUUAAUUAAAGGCGCUGAAGAUGCUAUACUCUCAGAAUUUCAGGCGAACGAUAAUACCUUGAGCGAAGAUGAUCUGACCUUUCGAACAAUGGUCUAUGCAUCAGGAAAGCUUGUGUUAAUCCAUAAGUUGUUGCCGAAAUUACGUGCUGAUGGUCACAAAGUUCUCAUAUUUUCUCAAAUGAUUCGUGUACUCGAUAUUCUUGAAGACUAUCUUGUUCACCAAGGGUUUCAAUUUGAACGUAUCGAUGGACGGAUUCAUGGACCAUUACGUCAAGAGGCAAUAGACAGAUUCAGUAUUGAUCCAGAUAAAUUUGUCUUUUUGUUAUGUACCAAAGCUGGUGGUUUGGGAAUUAAUUUAACUGCUGCCGAUGUGGUAAUUAUUUACGAUUCUGACUGGAAUCCUCAAAAUGAUCUUCAAGCCCAAGCACGUUGUCAUCGUAUUGGUCAACAAAAAAUGGUUAAAGUCUAUCGUUUAAUUACUCGUAAUACAUAUGAACGUGAAAUGUUUGAUCGAGCAUCUCUUAAACUUGGUCUAGAUCGAGCAGUUCUUCAGUCUAUGGGAAGUAAAGAAGCUAGACAAGCUCAAAUGACAAAAAAAGAAAUUGAAGAUCUUUUAAAGAAAGGUGCAUAUGGAGCAUUAAUGGAUGAUGAUAAAGCUGGUGAAGAUUUUUGUGAAGAAGAUAUUGAUCAGAUACUUCAAUCAAGAGCACGUGUUGUUCAAUUAGAACAAGGAAAAGAGAACUCUACUUUUUCUAAAGCGACAUUUUCAAUGUCAGAUAACAGGAGCGAUAUUGCAUUAGACGAUCCGAACUUCUGGCAGAAAUGGGCUAAAAAAGCUGGAGUUGAUGAAACGGCACUAGUCAUGAAAGAUCUGAUAGUCCAAACUCCACGUCAACGCCGUCAAACUAAUCGUUAUUCGUCAAUGAUGGUUAAUGAACCUUCUAACAUUCCAAGUCCAGCUAGCUUUAACAUGUCGGAUUUCGAUGAUAAUGCAAACUCAAACAGUUCUGGUGAUGAGACGGUUAUUCAAUGUUCAUCAGGUCGAAUUCGAUCCCGUAGGAAUCGACGAGCUGCUCGAAAUUCACGAAAGUCAAUACCAACUUCAAACAUCAAGCAGGAAAAAUCCGUUGUUUCAAAAGAACCUGAUGGAUGUAUAGAAAGUAAUCCAAAUGUAAUUGAACCGCUUGAUCGAGCUGAUCUUUUUCGAGUUGAGCGUUGUUUACUCACAUGGUCCUGGGGUCAGUGGGAGCAAGCAAUUUCGUCUGUCACUUUCAAACGAACUAUGCUGCCAUCUGAAUUGGCAUAUUUUUCAUGUGCGUUAUUGGACUACACUUUACAGUGUUUACCACCGAAUUCAGAUGUUCGCACACGUGCUAUCUGUGAAACUCUUGCUCGUCCUGGUACCUGGAAACUUGAUAUUCAUCAGGUGAAUACUGUUGUUUCAGAAGCCACCGCUAAAAUUAAAUGUAUGGCCCCUUCUGUAUCUCUUAAUAUCGAUGUUGAAAACUUUGAAGGUCAAACACCAAUCCUAGAACAGAAGGUGAACAAAAAAGAUAUGUUAUCUUCCGAGUUGAUAACUGAGAACAAACGUUGUUUAGACUCUCCUGUUCCUAGUGAUUAUAAUCCAGUUGGCAGUCCACUAGUAGAUGAUGCUUCAUCAACUGAUCCUUUAAAUACUACGACAAUGAAACUAACUGCAGACGAUACAGAUAUUUUACAUAAUAUGGUUAGAUGCAAUACCCAAUUGGAAUCAUGUGAACCAAUUGAAAGAAAUGAAAUUCCUGAGAAAGAUGAAGAUGAUAUUGAUGAUGAGAACCCUAUCAAAAUAGAAGAAACCCAAAUAUCUCCUAGACUUGCAGCAUUCAAACCUGAACUUCUACUACCAUCUGAAAGUUUUAAAAAGCAUGUUCAAAGAGCUGGGGCUAGGCUUUUGAAUCGUGUCGCUCUUCUAUUCUUUUUACAAUGUGAUAUUAUUGGUAUAAAUCCUGCUCAAGAUCUGAUCUCGUCCAAAUUAAGUCACACUGAUUUCAAUGAAUUAGCAUCAAGUUUACCUCCGUUAGAAGCUCUCGAUUCAGAUUUACCUGCUCCAUGGUGGGAUGCCUGUUGUGACAAAUGUUUACUACUUGGUAUUAUGAAACAUGGAUGGGAAAAAUAUACAGCAAUUCGUUUAGAUCCUAAGUUAUGCUUCCGUUCUCGUGCUGUUAAAAUUGUUCAAUCUCAAUCUCCAACUGUAUUAGAAGGCUUAAUGAAGAAUAAUUUUGGUGAAUCGGGGAUGGUUGCAAAAAGUCCAAACGGUGACUACGAGACUGAAGUGGAUUUAAUUAAAACUGAUGAUACAACUGAAUGUAAACCAGAAGAAAAUGUUCUUUCACACUCUGAUCCUCUCACCUUAGUUGUUUCUGAAACAACUUCAGAGAAUGUUGGAACAGCUAUAGAUGAUGUAAAAGUUUCAGAGGUGGAUGAUAAUAAAUUACACAACCUAAAAGAAGACAAUAUUUAUAAGCCAGUUGAAAAAGAUAUAUCAUCUGUUCCACUGACGGAUACCUCGAAUAAUGAAAACAAUAUUUCAGAUGAUAUUCUACUUGCUGCUCUUCCAUUUCCUCAACUUGCAGAUUUAAACUCUCGAGCUAGAAAACUUGUUGGUUUUUUCCAACGCAUCAAAAGUCAACUAGAAUCUGAUUCAUCUCGACAUAUGCCUAAAGUUGAAGUUGAAGAGUCUGCAACAUGCUCACCUGUUGUAAAACUUUCAGAACCAAAAAUUUUAAAAUGGACGCGUAGAGAAGAAGCUGACUUCUAUCGUGUAGUAUCAAGCUUUGGUGUGGAAUUUACUGAAAUUUCCCCAACAACAGAUACUGAUGAAGUGUCGAAAUCAAACGCUACUGAUGUUAUCGAUGAAGAGUCAAGGCCGUCAUCAAAACCACCAAUUCCAAGAAUAUAUAGUUGGAUUAAUUUCCGACAACUUGGUAAUCUAGGUCGGAAAUCUGAUCAAGCGCUAGUUGAAUACUUUCAAGCUUUUUAUCGAAUGUGUCAACGUGUCUGCAAAAAGGAACUUACUGUAUUUGCAGAACCUGCUUCCACUAUCGCUACUACUACAACAUCGGGAUCAAGCGAUUUAGGCUGUGAACUUGUGAUUGAUCCUAUUUCCGAAGAACGUGCUAGUCGUUGUUUGUCACGUAUAGAUUUGUUAGUACGUAUUCGGAAUAAUAUUCUACAACAUCCUGAUUUGGAGAAAAGACUUAAAUUAUGUCAGUCUAGUUCUGAUCUCCCAGGUUGGUGGAUACCUGGAAAGCACGACAAAGAGUUGUUGUUUGCUGCAGCAAAGCAUGGAUUAGCUCGUACUGAUCUAAACAUUCUUCAAGAUUCGAACUCGAGUUUUGCACGAAUAGUUCAGUUAAUUCGUGAUAAUCUAGCUCAUGAUCCAGCUGUUACAGAUUAUCCUGGUGAUUUGAAUGCUAAUCAAUCAAGUAGAUCAAGUAUAGCUGCAGCUGCUGCGUCAGCAGCUCGUUCAGCUGCAGCUCAGCUAUUGAAAGAAGAAAAAGGAGAAGAACAAGAAAGUCCUGAUCUCUCUGAAUUACCGUCAUCCGAACUAAAUGUAGAAAAAGGUGAUGUAACAGAUAAAUUAGAAUACAAUCAGUUAGAAAAUUAUUCUCCAAUGAUUUCUACAAAUUGUCAAGAUCCUGCCACUAUUAAAGAUGACAAUGAAGUAGAUUCUAUAACUUCUGAAAUCAUUGUCGCACAUGAUGUUGCAACACCAUCUGGUGUGAAUAUCACUGAGAAUGAUCUGUCAUCAGAUACAAAUCAUAAUGCCAACGAGAAAAAUAAUGUCAAAGUCACUAUCAAGGAAGAUCUAUCAGUUGAUAGUGCGAACAGCGCUGAUAUCAUUAAAGUGGGAUCCGACUCGACCGUUGCUGAAUGGUCUAUCAAAUUCGCUACUAAUCUGGCGAUCUCAUGGCCUAAAGAUAGGACUAUUCAACAUCGCUUGGAACUCAUUUGUCAAACUGUUGAAACUAACGAAUGGCCGAAUCCUCGUCGUUUUAUUACACCGAUUACCACUGCAAUUUCAGUAUCAUCAUCUAUGGUAAAUUCUACUCGCUCACAUGUUGAGUCAAAAGUUACAAGUUUGAAUACUUCAUUCCCUCAAAAUUAUCGAAGUUCAUCGUCAUUAUCCCGUGACAGUUAUCCCUUGUCAUCUAGUAAUUCUAGAAGAAUUCCAAUGAAUGCCUCUCACGUUUCAUUACCUCGAAAACAGUAUGGUCUACCCGUUUUUUCUCCUGAAAUGACCUCUAAUUCACUUGAUCCAACAUGUGACCUGAAGUUAUCCAAUUUAACAGAUAUAUCAUCUGUGGUUACGAAUAAUGAGUUUGACGAUUCACCACAAUUCGAUUUCUCUAUGAGUGAGAGACAUAUUAAUUCAUCACACUGUAAGUCAGCGUCGUUACAAUCCUAUUCUACUGAAACACAGUCUGCAACCGCCAUACCGACGGAUUCUGAUGAGAGUAUUUCUACGUCUGCCAACAUUCCAUUAAAUCUAAAUGACAAUCAGUUACCCUUUAUUUCUAAUCCCACGAACGAGAAUACUUUAGUUGAUCGAAACCGUGGUCGAAUUCGCAAUCGAAGUAAUCGAUCUAAUUCACUUGGCAAAAAUUUAUUUACUAGUCGUGAUAAAUGUCAAACCAAUUCUGAUUCUGAUCAAGAAACUUUAUCAUUUCAUGAUACAACUUUAAAAUCUACAACUUCGAAUUCAGAACACUUUUCACAAAGUUCCAAAUCGUUAUCGAUAUCUGCCAGUAAUCCAGUGUCUGAUGAUAAUGACUUUUCAAUGCCACCACCCAGUAUGACAUCUGCACCACGCUCUAUUUCUGGAACGAAUAAUCGUGGACGUAAACGAAAAAGUGAUACUUCUAAACUUCCAUCGGAUUCAAAUUCAACAUUUGCAAAAGUUUCUUACAGUUCUAAACGUGAACGUCUCAGUUCAUCUAAAGUUGAGUCGAACAAUAAUGAUUUACAGAAAGCUUCUCAGAAUGUUAAUUCUGACAUUUGGGAUGUGCGUGUCCCAGUAAUUAGUUUAGUUGAUGGUUCUUUAAUUUAUGGUGAUAAAGCUCCUGAACGAAGAUCACUAGAAUCUUGGUUGGAUGCAAAUCCCAAUUAUAUGCCAUAUUCAGUAGAGGUGGAGGAUCGUGCAAUCUAUAGUCGUGUUGCAAGUGCUAGGGGUCAAGAUACAAGUAAUAUGGAGGCAUUAGCCUAUAAACAUUAUCUAAAUAGUUUACUGGCUAGUGCAGCAACCAGCAGUGGUGUAGGCAAUAACAAUGUAACAACGUCCAAUUCUCCAUCAUCUGUUGUUGCCUCGCAGGUUAAUAAUUUCAAUACACAACAAUAUUUACAACAACAACAGUUAUUAAAUACAUUUGGUGCCUAUGCUCGUCAUCCAGCAUACGCUAAUUUGAUCGCUUCUGCUUUGAGUAAUUGGCAGUCCAUUUCCUCCAUACCAUCAUCAUCCACUGCUACCUCUGGUACUGGAGCUGUCUCUGAUACUACCACUUCUAAAUCACGAGUUCCCGUCUCCACGAGCUGUGUACCGUCAACAUCUCGUUCUUCAAAAUCCCGUUCCACUGGAAGUCGUUCGGAGAGUUCUAGUCGCCGACGUGAUCCUGUCGAAGUGACAGCUUCCCCCCUUAAUUGUCAAGCAUAUCCAUUUGUUCCCGAGAGGAAUUCCGGUAGUACUCCAACAAUACAAGAUCCAUUCCAAUUAAACGCUGGUAACCAACGGAUGGAUUCAAUGUUAAAUGCCGUAUAUCAGCAGGCUGCUGCAAUGAAUCUAGCUUAUAUGUGCAAUCCUGUAACUGCAGCAGCUCUAUAUAGUCAACUUAUGUUAGCAUGUUCUGGGUCAGUCAUUCCACCUGAUAUCGGAUCAUCUAAUGUUAAUUUGACAUCUACCGCUUUUGCUUCACAACAAGCCACUCUGGCUUCUUUGUAUGCCAACUACUUGUUGUCAGCUAAACAGAUGCAACAAAGACAGGCGACCCAAACAACUAAUCAUUGGGAUUCUCAACAACUCCUCGCAUCUUUAGCUUCAACUUUAAUGUCUGCUUAUGGAAAUUCCGGAGAAAUAGAUACUACAGCUCUUUUGUCAAUGUUUAGUGGAGCGGCAAAUUCUUCACUUGGAAUCGGAACAACGUCUACUCCUGUUAAGCAUUCAAACUCUCAACAACAAUCAUGCACUCAACCAGAUAAUAGAAUUCAUCCACUCCCAACAUCUCCUACCCCUACUUCUGAAAUAGGUAGCUCUGUUUGUUCAGAGCGAGAAACUCAGGAUUCCGGAGAGACCAGACAAACUGUAUCUUGUAGACGUGCAGAUCAAUCUCAGGAUAAAUAUGAUAGUACUAAAGAGUAUGAAGAGAGUCAAGCUGUUUUAGAUCUCAGUAAAUAAUGAUUUUACUUUCUCCUCCAGGUUUUUGUGUAUCUAUAGUAUGGUAAUCAGUAUAUAUAUAUAUAUAUAUAUAU